CCGUAUCCCUUCAUUCAUCAGGCCGUUUCCUGAAGCCAUUUCUCGACGGCGGAGACUAGAGUUGCGCUACUUUUUAAUCCGAUGCAUCUGCUUAAAUGCACUUUCAGAAGGAAAAAUACUUCACAGAAGUGGAUAAACUAGAUUUUCAUCUGUACUUCGGUGUGAUUAUUUUUGAAACUACCUCGGCGGAUUAGCACACAGAAACGGUUUGAAAGUGCGCUUUCUAAAAAAAAACAAAAAAAACAAGGGGUUACCCCCGACUAAAGCAAGAUGAGAAGAGGAAUCUCCUCGGCUCCGGACAAAGUGAUUUUAGCGGGGAUUGGAGGCUCUUCUCUGGACAAUAAUAUUAUUUUAACAACUCUAUCGGAUCGUUUAAACCCCGGCCAGACUAAUGCUACAUACAUCCAAAUCAUAACAACCCCACCGCCUUGCAACAUUACACAGGCAAAUGUGUGUUUAUCCGACCCUCAGAUAAACAUUUAUGCAACUCCACAAACGGCUGCAGCAAACGGAGCAGGACAUCGAGCCGCUUUAGGAAAACCACCGGCAAAAAGGCGACUGGCACUUGAUGAUUCAGACCACCAGUACCAGUCAGAACCGGUCAGGACUCCAAGAAGCAGAGCAGGGACUGCAGCCAACGGGGCACGGCUAAAGACACCCAAAACACCAAGUUCUCCACCAGAGAAGACUCGCUAUGAUACCUCACUUGGACUGUUAACAAAGAAGUUUGUGGAGCUUCUUUCUCAGUCAUCUGAUGGAGUUUUGGACCUAAACAAUGCUGCUGAAACCUUACAGGUGCAGAAAAGACGACUGUAUGAUAUCACCAAUGUAUUAGAAGGCAUUCACCUCAUCAAGAAGAAAUCAAAGAACAACAUUCAGUGGAUGGGCUGUAGUCUGCUGGAGGUAGAUGGUGCGUUGAACCAGAGACAGAGACUGACAGCAGAGGUUUCUGCACUCGGAGAAGAAGAGCAGAGGCUCGAACAACUUAUUCAGAGAUGCACCAUAGAUAUGCGACACAUGAGCGAAUUGCCAAACAACCAGAAAUAUGCAUAUGUGACAUACCAAGACAUCAAACAGCAGGGAAACCUCAGAGACCAGACUGUUAUUGUCGUCAAAGCACCUACAGACACUAGAUUAGAAGUACCAGACCCAGAUGAGAGUUUGUCCAUCCAUCUCACCAGCACUAAGGGCCCUAUAGAAGUCCUGUUGUGUCCAGAUGAGGAAAAUGACACCAAGAGUCCUGUGAAAAAUGACUCCAUGGACAUCAAUGGCAACACACCUUUCCUCAAAGUUCUUAAAGAUUCCACCUGCACAACCAUUUCCUCUGGUCCCUCUCCUGCACCACCUUGCUCUUCGGCAGUCUCAGUCACUACUCUCUCCCCUAUCACCUCCCCCUACACAAGUCUUCUCCAACAAACAGAAGACCAAAUUCCUUCGUCACUGGGGCCUUUCCUAAACUUGGGGCCUCCUCUUCUGGACCAAGAUGACUACCUUCUAAAUUUGGGUGAUGAUCAGGGAAUCAGCAACUGGUUUGAUGCCUGUGACUUUGACAAAAUGCCAUCUCUUGGCUUGGAUGACCUCUUGUGCAGUUAGCAAUGUCUAAGAAUUUCAGAUCAAUUACAUGAAGCAGAUGGAGGAACAGUGAGGGUUUAGAUGACUGUUAGCAUUUAGGUUGUGGAAAUUACUCAAAAGAACAUAAAAGAAAACUUGAGGGCUUUGUUUCAGUCCUAAAAUGACUAUAUGCCAGCUUCUUUUAAUGAGAUUUGCGUGGCCUUGCAUGGUUUCACACAAAUAAGGCUGGUCAAUAUCAAAUUGUUGUCAUCUCAGGAUCUGUGGGGCAUCUAGUGUAGCUAUGGACUGUGGGAUGUGGGACCGUCUUAGAAGUAUUUGGUCACAUUUUAACAAAGGAAGGUUGUCAAUCUAGUAAGGCUUCCUGUCGCGUCAUAGAGGUGCCGUCAGUGAAGGUUAGAAGGAAGAUGCCGACCACAUGGCAUUAAAACAUGUCACACGUGCCUGAGCUGAGUUGAGCUAAAACAUAAAAUCAGAAUGCAAAUGCACCCAAGAUGCAGACGAUAUAACCACCUAACCUGUCCUUAACAUGCUCAAGAGAGAAUGGUGCACAGCGGUUUGUUAGCUCAGUACAGCUGCUUGUUUGUUGAACACUUGUGAAACUGUGUAAAUGAAAUAUUGCUAUUAACGCCUCACACUGAUAGAUUAAUAUUGCUAAUCUUUUGUUAAGACUGUGAGUCUGAAAGGGCAAAGAAGAAAAAAAAAAACAUACCAUUGGCGCAUUUUCAUAUCAGGUGUCCAGUUCACCAACACAUCUACAGUAUUGACAUUGGUAUGUGUUAAUGCAAAGUGUUUAUUUUUGCAAUGGAUUAUGUUCUGACAUGCCAGUGGGUGGAGGCUCAUCUUUCCCACUGUUAGAAGGCAUUUUUUUUUAAAUGUAAAAAUUUAAAAAUGAGAAACUUCAAUUUUAGUAUAUAUAACUUUCAUGAUGGUAGUUGUCAUCUCAAUAGUUUAGGCAGCCUCAGGGGUUUGCAGACAUUGGGGUCACCUCUUAUAUCUUUGGGCUUUUAAUUAUUAUAUUAGUAUAAUAUUAUAUGCUUCAGCAUUGUUUAGAUGUGAGUUGCAUGGAAGUAGGCUGAUUUGAAUUUGCCUACAACUUCAUUAUCUAAACUUGAAAUUGGCCAUAAAAGAGUAAGGAAAGUGUAAUAGGUAGCCUAAAUAGCCAGACAGACAAUGCACUUUUUUUUUUUAUUAUUAUAAGUGUACAAAAUGUUUGGGCCAUGUAACAAAUUAUGAGAUCAAUGUCUUAUCUUGUAGGCAUCUGUCAUGGUCAAGUUGUCUGGGCAAAGUUGUGUUUUUGGACGGUAAAUAUUUUAGUGCAAUGAUAAAAACAAACACUUGACAACACAAAAUCUAAUAUUCAACCUUUCAUGUAGAACUUUGUAUUUCUAACUAAGCUUAUACAGACAAGCCAUCGCAUUCGGGUAAAGGAUCAAUCAAUUAUUGGAUAUCCCCCUCUAGUAUACAAAGAUGUGUUUAAAUGGGGUGUUCUAUAAAGUUGAACGCCCCAUUUAAACACAUCUGAGCUCUGACCAUUGUUGUUAGUUCUACCUUGUGAGUACAAGACCUAGAAACACCAUGUAGUGUUUUUGUUUUCAAUUUUUUUGUCAUUACCCUAAUGGAACCCUGGAAAUGUUGUGGCUUGAUAGUAUGCUUUUUACUGAGUUAUUUGUUCUCUUUUUGAUAAGUAAAGCCAAAAGAAAAUGCAAUGAGCUCAGGCUGACUGUUGUAAUUUGCCUUGCUAACAGUGUCCUAAGCUUUGGAGAUCUCAUCAACAUUUUUCUGAACAAUUUGAAAAAUUAGCAUUGGAAAUAUCAAGCCACAGAAGCAUAACUCUUCCAGUGAUUUCAUACAUAUCCACUGUUCCGUAGUGUUACAUUGCAUUAUGGGUAACUGCCAAAUUGUAGUUUCUUUUAAUCUAUCCUGCCUACAUCAGCAGAAGCUGCCUUAACCAAACUGCCCCCAGCACCUGCCCAGGUAGACUGUGUGCUGUGAAAUGA